AUGGUUCUACGUAUAUUAAUGCGUUAUUUUGCUAAUAAUGAACAACUUAUAAAUCGUUUGGCUGAAAGUUAUCCAAUGCGUAGGGCAGCACAAAUGGUGGUAUCUAUAAUGUAUCGAGCUAAACAUGUAGCGGAAGAUAAGGGUUUGCACGAAAUGACACCGGAACGUUUUAAAUCAUUUAUGAAUCUUUUUAAAAAUAAUAUUAAACAGGAAAUCGAAGGAGUUAAGGAGGAGUUGAAGAAAAAGAAAUUUUAGUUUAUUUUAUUAGAGUUUAGUGCUAAAAAGAAAUUAUGAAAUGUAGACUUUAGAAAUAAUAAAUAUUUAAGUAAAACAAAAA